UUUUGAAGUAAAAAUAGAGUUUUGCUUUGAUGUAUUUCAAGGUAAGGGAAGCUUAGUCAAGGACUGAGCCCUUAAAGGACGGAGAGUACAAUGUCACCCACUUUUUCAGGAUCUAGUCAGUCACAUUUUGAACUUCAUCACGAUCCAGCGAAAACUUGGGAGAGUUCUAAAAUUAUCAUUUGCUCAUUUUUCAAUAACAAAUUUCACAAUGGGGACGAAAUUUGUCUUCUUGGUGGCUGCUGCAGUGAUGAUGAUGCUAACUCAGACGACGACUGGACAGGGUGUCACAUCGGAAAUUUUGGAAAGGAUUAAUGUCGACACAUAUUUGCAAAAUCGCCGCCUCGUGGAGUACCACAUUAAUUGCUUGCUCUACUCUGGGCCAUGUGACAAGAUUGGAAACGAGAUAAAAAGGCUUUUUAACUCCCUUCGAUACGCGGGAAUUACAACGACGGAAUGUCGCGUCUGUAAUCCAGACCAGCAACGUCGCCUCGCCAAAGUUGCGCGCCACUGGCAGACCAAUUACCCAAAGGCCUGGAGGGACUUGAAUGAAGCCAUGAGGAAUUGAUAAACUUGGGGAAUGUCCAUAAAUCACGUGAUCGAUCAUAGGGGGGGGAGGGGUCUGAAAUUUGUCGCAUAUUAUCACCAAGAGGGGGGGUAAUGGUCGGCAGUCACGUGAUAUGCCACGAAAUGCUUGUCUUUUAAGUUCUGAUGUCAGUAAAUGUGAAAUGUGAAGAGAGUAACAAUAAAGUCUCUUCGCAUGUUAUCACGCGCCUUAAAUAAAUUUAAUAAUAUGUGUUUACUUAAUAGUUAACCUCUUUUAUCUUAAAUUCGUUAUACGGCGUAUUUUUAAAUUUUUAGUUGACAAUCUUGGGUCUGGUUUGCAUAUAUGUACCACUCUUCCAAAUUUCAGUACACAUUCAUAGAACUCUCGUUAUUCUUUCAGAAAUAUAGUGUAUGCAGUUGUCCUUAAGAUAUCAUGAAUGUUAAAUUACUUUUUAUACUUACUCAUUAGUAAUUAAAUCAUUCUUUCGAUAAUUUUAAAAUUUAAUUUAACUGUGGAUUAAAAAAAGACCCAGGAAUAUUAUUAUUGGAUUAAUUUGUGCCAUGGAUGGUCGUGUCGGAAAUAAAUAUAGUUUGGCGAAAAAACUUUUUGCGAAAAAAAUCCGCCACAAAAAAUCACACUUGGGGAAAAAUAGGUUUCAUGCGUUUUACAGUACUUUAGGUUUAAUGUGUAACCUGUCACGUGACC